AUGGAUAAUCAAAAUGAUGGACUUGAUGGUGCUUCUAGUCAACCUAUUGAGCAUCAUAUUCAUGAAUCAUAUGGGGAAUUUGAGGGUAAUGUUGAUGUUGAGAAUGAAUUUACUGAACAAAAUAGUGCUAAAAGUAAGAAAUUAACUUCAGAAGCAUGGAUUUAUUUUGACCUUGUACAUGUGAAUGGUGUACAAAUGGCAAAAUGUAAGACUUGUAAGAAAACACUUUCCUACAAAGGGAGUAGUGGAACUUCACAUCUGCUUAAACAUGCUAAAAAAACAUGUUCAAGUAGACAUUUAAACCUUGCAUCUAAUCAAUCACAAUUAAAAGUGAAAAGAGAAAUUGAUAGAUCUACUUACUUAGCAGUGAAAAGCCAAAGAAAGUGGUUUUUGAUCAAGAAAUAUCAAGGAAAGAAUUGA